AGGCUGUGACAUCAAGAUCAAGAGAAGUGCGCUGAAGGUAAACACCAAGGACAUCCAUAACAACCACAGGGUCCAGACAGCACCUUAAAGCACUGAACAACAACAACAGCAACAACAACCUAGCCGUGACUGUGUGCACCUAGUCAGUAACACACCUACCCUCGUUAAAAAUGUUGACUCCAAGAUUUGAGAUUCAGCAGGAGGAACUAUAUAUAACUGUGAAAAUCUUUGCACCUUAUGCACGUAUCUCGGAUGCUGAAGUCAGUAUUACUGAGGAAGUGUUCACCUUUUACUCUUCACCGUACUAUCUGAGGCUCACUUUCCCGGGAAAGUUAGUGGACAGUGAACUUGAGGAAUAUUCAGGAAAAUUUGAUGCUGAUGCAAGAGCUUUUAUUAUAAGAUGCAAGAAGGAAACUGAAGGCGAACAUUUUCCAAAUCUUGACAUGCUCACAAAGCUGCUGGCACCACUGGGAGCAACUGGAGUCAACAAACCAUCAAUUGAAGUCAUAAGCAAUGGAUCAGAGAUUGAAAAGGAGGAAGAUGAAGACUUUGAUUUUACAUAUGAACAAACUUUACCAGAAGAGAGAAUAGUGACAAAGGGCUACAAGUAUGGCUUUGGGAACAGUUUAUCUGAUGUAUUUACUGUUCUUCAGAGCGAGUUGAUGGAAGUAGUGGACGUCAAGGACCCUGAUGAUAAGUCAGCACUGCAGAGAAGGGAAGAGAGAAUGGCACAGGAAAUUAACCUUUUUGAUGAACAUCAUUACUUGGCUGACAACUUUGAUGUGGAUGCUGCACAGCAGUUCAUUGAGUUUAUCCCUGAGUUUUACAGUGUAACCAGUGAUGAGGUUGAGUUUUCAGAGCAAGACAAGGAAGACAUGAUUAAAUUGCCACACAGAGAACACCUCCUGGACAAAGACACCAAGUCCAUAGUGUUCCUUGGCUUGGUUGACAUCCUGUAUGCCUGGUGCUACAAUUGCAGAAUUACCUGGUGGGAAAAUUAUGAUGAAUCUGCCUGGACUGUUGCAAAAUUAAGCUCUACACUUUCAUGGCUUGAUUCUUUCACCAGCCUGAAGGAUGUCGCCGUCAGCAGUAUUCGCCGCUCACUCACUUUCCCUCUGAUCAGAAACUGGCUCCUGUCUCAGCAGGUUCUCGAAGACACUGCAACUGUGUUGUCAUUGGGAAAGACUAAGGUCUUGAAAUGUUUCUUUGAAAUAAGGAGACUUUUCAGUUCCUCUGAGUCAAGAUAUAUCCUCAAUCAACUGUACAUAGAUGAUUACUGUAUCUGGCUCCAGAAUGUUGAAGAGAACAAAUUCACCAGUCUUGGUGACUCUCUAAGGAAGGUUGAGGUCCUGAAGACAGAUGUGGGCCUUAAUUUGGAUGAGCUAGAAUCUGCUGCGCAUCUUGCACUGAAGGAGGAGUCCCUGCCACAGGAGCAGAAUCUCAACACUGUAGUUUCAGACAUGGCAGGAUUGACUAUAAUUGAGAAUGAAGCAGUAUUAGGAGUCAGUGAUAAUGAGGCUUUGCUUCUUGAACCCUCAGAUACCAAUGUUCAUCAAGAAGACUUUGUUCAUUUAAGCGACAGUGACUCUACUAGCAGUGAAAGUGACAGUGAAGAGGAGAGUGAUGAUACAAGUGAUAGUAGUGAUUCCAGUGAGGAUUCCAGUGAAGAUUCCGAUGCUGACUCAUCAUCCGAUUCCUCCGAAUUUGACUCGGAUGAAAACACACGGUCAGAAAAUGAUAACUAGACAUCCAAAAUGCUUUGAAUAUAUGUCAUCAUCAUCAUCAGCAUGUAUCAUUCCAGUGGGAGACAUUGGCUUCUCCCAGACCUUUCCAGUAAUUUCUGUCUUGUGCCUCAUUUCCAGUUUUAAAUAAUUUUUUUUUAUUUCCUUACACUGUCUGGUGAACAACCUUCCCAUAAAUCCUUGUUUUUAUUACUUUUGGCAGUCUGUUGUCCUCUCUUCUACAUAUCUUCAUAAAUGUAAUUAGUACAUCAAUUUUCAUAUGUAUCAAAUUUUAUAAAAUUUUGUUUAAUAUU